UGUCAUGGAGGACGAAGCGGAAUCAUCAAAUUAUUUGUUUUUACUCAGUAUUUGUGGUAUCUUGGGUUAAAGCAUCAUUAUGGUGGAAAAGUCUGAUGUCGUCGAGGAAUGUUCCUCGUGUGUACGUCUCAAGCAGGAAAUUGAAAUAGCACAGAAGGAUCAAGCUGCUACACUAAAAAUGAUCAAGGAAAAGAUAAUGUCAACAGAUAAAUUGAUCAAAAAAUAUCAAAAGAAAUGUGAUGAUUUUGACAAACAAGCAAAAGUGUUGAAUGAUCUGACUACUAAGCAUAAAAAUUGUGAAAGAAACACAGAGAUUUUACAAGAACAGCUAAAGCAAUCCCUGGAAGUAACUGAGCCACAAAAAAAGACCAUUAAGAGAUUAAUACAAGAAAAGUUCAUAGCAGAGGAAACAAUCCAGGAAUUGAAACAGAAAAAUAUUGAUCAAGAGGAAGUUAUCAAUCAGCUUAAACAUGGUCUUCAGCUUAGAGAUGAAAAAGAUUCUUCAUGGAAGCUUGAACAACAACUACAAGCUAAACAAAUUGAAAAAGAAAAAAAGAGGGUUGAAAAACUCAUGAAGGACCUAGAGAAAGCAAAGGAAGAAAUCAAAAGAGGAAGAGGGUUGGUGAGGGAAAAGAGUCRUGAACUUCGUGCAGUUGGAAGAAAAUGUGAUAAUUUUGAGUUUCAGCUGAACAAACUGAAGGAGGAAGUCAAAUAUGGCAAAAAAGAUGGAAACGACAGAUUUUUUAACCAUYCCAAAAGAAGAUUAUCACCAAAAGAGUGCAAUAGAGUAAGAAGACCACAGCAAAGUGCGAAGCGGUGUGAAGAGAAACUUACUGAACUUUUAUCCGAUUCAACCAAAGAAUGCAACAGCCCUACAGGGAAAAAACCUCCUUUGACGUCAAUCUUUGAUGAAAUGACCAAACUUGCUGUUUAUCCGCUGUCACCAGUGCCACCAAGCCCUACUGAAUCAAAAGAUUCGAGUAAUGAGUUUAGUGAUGAUAAUUCUAGUGGUAGUAGUAGUGAUUCAGAGGGUGGAUCUCUUGUUGAUCUUGGAGAGAUGCUAGAAUUGAAACUGGAAAACAAAGAUGCUACGAGUGGGGAGGCUGGAACAGCGGAUAACUUGAAUAACAUGGAUGAGCAAGAACUUGGUUGCUUGGAGUCUGGGGAUGAAGAUGUUGAGAACGAAAUCAAAUCAUUUUCUGAUGCAACGAAUGAUAACAAUUCCGAAAAAAACAAACAGAUUACUCCAAAAGAAAGCGAUAAAGAGAGUAUAACUGACAAUUAUCUAAAUAAAGGGCAGAGAACUCCAGAAAAAAGGCAAUCUGAAAGGCAUGUAACAAAAGCAAGUGCCCUAGAGGACAGUGAUACCGAAUAUGAAAGUCCUUUGUCUUCCAAACAUUCAGCAAUUAUUUCUUCAGAGGAGUUAAUAAGUGUGGCAACAAGUAAAGUAUCAUCUAAGUUAAGCACUUGGGAUUUAACAACUAAAAAUGUAGAUACCGAUGAAAACCGCGACGGAACAAUCUCCAUUGAUAAAACGUCAUGCGUGAGUUUUGAUAAGGAGACAAUUGAAGAGGUCGAUAUUAAAAACAAUAACUCAUCUUUAUCAGGAUUAAACAAAGGCUUGAAGGAUAUUUUGUCUGUAGUGAAUGAAAAAGAAAAUGAUCACAUAAAAAGGAAUGAUAAACUAACAUGUUCAGAGAAAAAUGAGAUGUCAACCACAAACGUUGCCAACGAGGUCAGAACUGAAUCGGCUCAAUGGGAAGACAGUCCUAUAAUAGAUAAUACUUGUGGUGCUGAAAAUGAGACAGGGCAUACCUCAGUUAAAAAGACUGCAAUUGAUGAAUUGCUUUCUGAGAAGCAUGUUAAAAGUUUUGAUCUUGAUUAUUCAGAGGCUGAAGAUGUGUUUGCCAUUCCCCCUGAGUUCAGAGACGGUGAUGAUGAAUUUGCUGAUCGCACCAGCAGAGUACUACCAGGGUUAGACGAUGACGAGGAACAUCAUACCAAGGAUACUCCUAUUACUCAGAAUAUACAACAUACAGAAAACGAUACACCUUUAUUAACUGACGACAAAAACACGACGAAAUACACUGAAUACGCCACGAACAAGUUGAUGGAAAAUGAAUUGGAGGCUGAUUCCGAGUUGUCUCUCAGGAAAUUAAAGGAUAUUGGAAGAAGUGAUGUUCCCAGAAAAUGUAGCUUAAAUGAGUUCGAUGAUAGAGAUGAUACUUUACUAAAUAAAAGUAAGAUUAUAAAAGAUAGUUUGAAAAAAUAUGGAGAAAGGCUAGGGAAUACUACUCUACCAGAACAACAAGAACGUGAAAUGGAGGGUGGCGUGGGCAACAAACUCUCCGAAAACGAGGGUAUAAUGGGUAAAAAUCUAGAUACUAUUGGUGAUGCAAAAAGGUCAUUUCCUAAAGGAGAUACUGAACAAAUUGCUCUUAAUGUGACUGUAGAAAAUUCACGUAAAAUACGAACGCACAAGAAGACUAUGAACACGAAAUGUCGUGAAGAACCAAGCACUUCAUCUGGAAAUGAUGAGGAAAGUGAGAAGGCGAAUUUGUUAACCAUAGAUGGUGAUAAAGUAUUGGGAAUUAAAGAAGAACAACUCGUACAUAAGAACGUGCAAGGAACGAAAAGAAGUAAUAUAGAGCUUUGUGGUACAAGGAAAGGACAUAAAAGAGUCGCUUUUCCAGAGGAGGUAGCCCCCACCCAUGUUAACAGUACGCCGGCAGAAAGAAUUGAAAGAACACUUGAGGGUACAAAGAAACAAAGUGAUUCAAAUCUAUCUACUGCAGAAACAAGUGGGAAUGAUAAUGAUACCGUUUCUGCACGUAUAAUAAAUUGUGAUAGCAUUCGUUCAAACGAUAUAAUUGUAUCGAAAAAUGAUGCCAAAUCAAGUGUUGCUGAUGACUAUGUAAUGAAAUGCCAUCUUGAUUCGUUUGGUGAAUCAAGUGAAUUGCUAAAUAAAGAGGAAAAUGUCGCAGUGGAGAAAAGCAGUUGCAAAACGACUGUUGAUAACAUAGCAGUUCCCCAUCAUGGUGAUUCAAUGAACAGUUUUAACAAAGUUGAAGCCGAUUCACAAUGUUGUGAUGAAGCAUCAAUGGAUAAAAGUGCCACGAUAAUGGAUGAAAGUACGGAGGAAGUCCUUGAAGAAGGUCAAACCAAUCCAGUUGUAGAUACAAACACUAGUGUUGUGACCAUAGAGGAUGUUAAUAUAAAUAAUCACGACGCAUUGGGCCUAGAAAAUGACAGCGGCAAAACGAUUAUGGAGUUUGAAGCUUUAACCAGUGAUGACGCUGCUGAUUCUAAUUUGAUGAAUAAGAACAAUCCAAAAGAUGAGAGCCAUCAAGAUGAUUUUACGGCCAUUAAAGAAUCGAUUUUGAUUGAUACGUGUGAGACGAAAUCAAGCAUUCCAGUCCCCUCAAAUCUACCGUUAUCAAUAGUCAUUAAUGACUGUCUCAGUGUGUUUGAUGAAGAGAUGCCAAUACUGUCUCCCUUACCAUCUUCACCAAGUUCAUCUCGUGAAUCGAGCCCARCUCGUGAAUUAGAUAUGGAGGAGAAGUGUACACUGGCUCACUUUACAUCGUUACCUUCACGAUAUGCUGCUUCUAAACCAACAGUUGAUAUGAGAAGUCUUGCUAGUGCUCGUGUUAAAAUCUCACCAACUUCGUCUGUAUCGCAGGCAUCUCUUACUGCUACGACAGAAAACAAAGAUUUAGAACCCUCAUUGAAACUCGAGCCACCCAGGCAAGACGCUUCUGAUGCUGAAGGCCAUGAUAAGGAAGAGAAAGUUUCGUUAAAGAAACAAAAGAAGAAGGGCAAUGUUCAACUAUCUGUUAGACCAUACUUCUUAUCUGAAAUCCAGUAUGCAGAUAAAGUAAUGAGGUUUUUAACUCGAGAACACGUGAAAAUAGAGGAUGUGGUUUCUCGUUUAUCCAAUCCCAAGACCAUGUCAAAUGGAACACCAUUAGCUGCUGCCCUAGUAAAGUUCCAACACAACGAAGACUUGAUGCCAAUUAUCAUUCAGAAAUAUUAUGAUCGAGAUCGUCAACACCAAGAGCAAGUGUCCAGGUUGCCUGACUUGAAUAACUGGACUCCAAUUCUGUCAGUUUUUGAAGAACGGGUCUUCGUGAUGGUUACUAGACUUUCUGAAUCUGUUGAUCAUUUGAAAGGUCUGUCCACAAAAGUCAUAUCGUUAUUAUCCAGGUGUAUAGUUCAUUCCUGUACAGUUACGGAAGAACCAGACAAGAGAUGCGUAGCCUCUAAUUGUCGACUUCUCUGCGCUCUCUGCCGAAAAGAAUCAAACCUUCAACACAUGCGUGUAUUGUGUUAUGAUAUCAUUCGGUCCCUCUACUCCAGACCCGGUACUGUUCUCUACUUGAUGAUAUCAAUAGCAGCUGUAUGGCCACCUGUACUGGCUGCUUCUGUAUUGACAAUAUCUAGAGGGGUGGUAUGCGUAGCUGGACAAUCCUACCAACCUCUUCCAUGUACAAUUCAAAUGAUUCUAACCACAUGGGCUCGUUCAAAUGACUGGGUGUUGUUAGGGAAUGUUCUGGAUUGGUUAUGUGCUUGGAAACAAGUGCCAUCUGGAGUACUAUCGUUACAACAACUGGCUGGAGAACUCGUAAAGCUGAUGAAGGAUCCCACAUCUGCUCAGCUCAUGCAGGAUAAAGAUGGUAAUCCAAUUCUUGGUUUUGGUCUUUACGAAGUCGUCAAAGCCCUCGAACUGGUGACUUGCGUGUUAGGAUGGACGUGGCUUAAUAAUGUUCUUGUCAGGGGAUAUCUUUGGGAUAUAUUGGCAUAUUGGGUGGUCACCAGUACAGAGCCUGAGACCAGUUGUACUGAUUCUAACGUUGGUAGUUGUAAUGAUGGUAGUAAAGAUUCUUCAAAUGAUUCAUCCCUGUCUACGUCUGUCAUGCAAGUUACAAACCAUGCUGCUGAUACUAGUAAUAGUACUGACACAAAUCAGGUUUUGGAACCAACUGUGGUUGCAGCUAUUAGACUACUAGGGCUGGCUUGUAGAAUCGCCAUACAGCAUUACCAGACAAUACCUCAAGUGAUACCUUUACUUGUUGGAUUACUACAGACAGCACAGGAUUGUUCAGUACCGUACGCUGUGCAGUUAGCUUCUGCGUAUUCGCUUCUUGAAGUAUCGCCAUGGCAACCCAAUAGGGUUAUGUCUGUUUUAGAUGAAUGGAAAAUCGUACAAGAAAAAAACAACACUUUACCUGGAUCAUUAAUACAGGGAGUGAACUCUUUAAAAGUAUGUCUACAGCCAAGUAGAGACUCUUCUCUUCUCUUCGAGAACUGCGCAAAAAUAGAGAACAACGAAGAUGGGGAUAUCGAGAGUGUCCACAUGGAAUCUUGAUAGUUUAGUUACUGUCAAAUAUAUUAAUCUGCCAAAGUUAUUAAUUUUACAAUAAAAAUAUUUAUAAUAGUUAUUA